AGGGGGCAGACAAAAUUGCAGAGGCUUUGUGUAUUUGUUCAUUUGUGUGUGAUGCCUGCAGAAAAGGUCAGCUAUCACCUAAGGAAUCGACUAUCCCAAGUCUUUUUUACUUAUUUCUGAGGUCCGGAUACAAACUAGCUUGGGCUGUUUGGAAGCGUGUGAUGAGAUAGUACCUUCUCAGCUGCCUGUUGCCCGCUCCUCAGUGAGUCCACGCGGGGGCUGAGAGACCAGCCCGGGCCGUCACCGCUGUAAAGGGGAGGAUGUCUCUGCUCCCCAGUGUCCAUCACCCUGCUGCGCACAGCGGUGGGCAGAAAGGCUGCUGUGCUGUUGCCUCUGUGUAUCGGCAUGCGAUGCCAGUGGCCUUGCAACAGGUUCCCUUGCGUGGGUGGCACAGACUGACCCAUCUCGGAAGGGCUCGUUGGAGCUCCUCUGGCAGCCCCUCGUUCUUCAUGUUUAGGUGGGCACCCGGUCUCUUGAACAUGGUACUGCAGCAGACAUCGGCUGCCAAAACUAUUUUUAUAUUUAGCCUUUCUACAGAGGAGCUCUAAUUUGCCAACAGGAAUUAAGCUUCCUCAAACUCUGUUUUGUUGCUAGGAUGCAAGCACAAAUGAUGAUAAAUGUUUUGUCCAGUGUAGCCCAGAUAACAGACCAGAAAAUACAGAACUCCUGUCUUUUCUUCUGUUCUUUGUUCCUGGGCACAAGAUCAACGUGCCUCUGUGAACACAAAAUAAGCACUUUGAAAGCUAGACUAUAAUAAAUAUUUGUUGUCUUUUUACAGUGAUGAGCAAAAGAAGAUAGAAGAUACAUACCCAUAGAGAGCUUGGGGAGAUAAAGCCCAGCAUUUUCUGUUCACUUAAAAUAUAUAUAUAUUUAGAAAUGGAGAAGGAAUCUGGAAUAACCUCUGGAAUAACUCUUCUGAUUUCCCUCCAUUAGGUAUGAGUGUGCCCAGCGACUACAGAGCCUUCCCUGGAAAAGGAAGGGACUUCCCUGAGCCAUUCUGUAUGCAGAAAGAUCUUCAUUUGCACAGAAAAUGGGCCAGAAAAUAUCACAUGAAGACAAGCAGAACAAGGCUGAAAGUCUAGUAAUCUGUGAAGUGUUCAGCCAAGGUGUGGUCCACGCGUCUCAAAGGCUGAAAGACUAUCUUGGAUUUGUAGAUCCUCAGAGCAAAUUCCACCCUGCCACAAACACUCUGAACGAGAUCUUUUUGAUCAACUUCAGCUUCUGUGUUGAAAAGGGAGUGGUGGAGUGCAUCACAACCAGCAAAAUGACCAAGCAGCACUCCUUGCUAUUUGGGGUGGAGUGGAUCUGGACUCUUUCUGGAGCUGACGGGCAAAUCAAACUUACUUUGCGGCAGGCUUUACAGAUGGCUGAGCUUUUCUGUAAUGAAAGUGGACUGGCUGCUGCGUUCGAUGAGAGCUGCAGGGAAGCCACGCUGGCAGAUGAGCCAUUCCAAAACCAAAGCAGGUUUGAGAAGCUGGCCAAGUUCUGCUGCCUGGUGGGACAGGAUUGCCUGGGCUUGUUCAUGUUUGGCGUGCCAGGGAAGCCUAAGGACAUCCGCGGAGUCAUGCUAGGCAGCAUUGCCAAGGAAAAGCAAAAGUGCUGCCUGGCAGGCAAGAAUGCUCUAAGGCAGUUUGUCAUGAGUACUGACAGCUUCCUGCCCACAAAUGAGAUGCCAGAAAACCGUGUCUGCACAAAAAAUGGACUGAAGGAGGUGGGCAAUGUGUACAUAAACUUUCUAAACCCACUUGUUAACAGCAAUGGUUUUGUGCACUAGCUUACCAAAGGAUGCUUGGGGCCGAUUCUCCUUGCCGCCUAAGUCUUCUCUCAGUCCAUCCUCUCCACCCCCUUGUUUCCCACCUUCCCCCUCCACCCAUCACAUUCCCUUAGAUCAUGCCUUGAGAUCGGCAGAAGCCAAGAUGAUUCAGUCGCUCCAGGUUUUGAAACAACAGGAUGUACCUGCCAGCAAAUGUGUUUAUAGAAGGCACGUAAUUUUUCCAGAACAUUUUUUGUUUGCCAGACAUUAAGUCUUGCCUGAACGCAAUGAAAGCCUUAUCACCCCAAGCCUUUAGGAGUUCUCACUUGACUCAUAGCCUUGUUAUUGUGUGCAUAGAAAAGGCAGCUUUGUUUGGUGUUCUUUUUUUUUAAUAGGGGGUUGAGUCUGUAAUAAUGCAAAUAUAUUGUUACUAAUCGUAAGAUUUGGAAUGAGAGCGAAGGCCAAUACACGGACUUGCUUAAUAAUGCAGUUCUGGAAGAGUGAGCUGCUUCAUACUGAGGAGGAAAAGCCUUUCCCUGAGAUAGAAAUAGGCUAUAUGAAAAGACUACUACCUGCCUGUUAAAAAUAAAUCAGUGUGAGGCUACUGAUUCUGUGACAAGAAGAGCUCAGCACAGGGAACCUGUUGAAGAAACACACGGGCAGCGUCAGCCCCUGCUGCAAAGCCUGUUCCUUCUAAGUGGCUGUGUCAGGUUAAGGUGUGGCAAAAAGCAGUGGUAGUUGCUAAAGGAAACUUGGGGAAACUAACAAACUGGGACAAAAACCUGGUCCUGGCAAAGUCAGUGAGAGUUUAGUCUGUCACAUCAAUGUAAGCAGGCUGCUGACCAGUCAGCGUAGCCAAAUAGAAGUCUGUAGGAAGCAGAAUUAUUUCACUCUGAAUUUGUUUCAGUAUUUUAGCAGCUAAUUGUAUUUAUGUAGUGAGUUAUUCCGUUUCCCUUUGGUUUUAGUUGACAAGAGUUUCAGAAUCUGAUAAACAGUGAAAGGAAAUAUUGAUCAAUUUUCAAACUGGUAAAUUCACUGACCUUGUUUAUGGGCCACCGUGGCACCAUACCCACUUACUCUGAAGUAACUUUGUUUGGUACAUUGUCAAUAGCUUUUGUGGCCACAAAAUUCCAUUGCAGAUAGUUUUCUUAUUUACUUCAUUCAUUUUAUUUAACAGAAUAAAAAUAGUUUCAAAAUGUCAUUCAUAUUUUACUCUUUAAUACUUGAGUUAUAAAAUGGUCAGCCUAUGACAACUGAGAAAUAAAGGCUGUUAUUUACACAAUUAUAAAGAAAAAAAGGCAUAAAGAUGCCUCAGUAGCAAUGCCAGCAGUCUUAGAUUUCCAUGAAGUCUGAACUGAAGCUAACAGGUGAACUGAGAAUAAAAGCAAAUAGGAAAGGAACAGAAAUUUUUUGGCCAGUCACGAAUGUGGCUUGGUAUGGAGAGGGGAGGGCUUUUAUUCUUGAAAUAGUUCACUGACAUACAGUUGCUAUUACAGCUCCAGCAUCAUUGUAUUUUUGUUUGUGUAGCAGGGUUUUAAGAGGACAGAGUGGAUAACUCUGGUAUUUUUACAAAGAAAGUAUGUAAAGGUAUAGCGAUAUAUGCAGACAGUGAGGACUGUAUGACCAUCGGGGGGGGGGAGCUGUUUAAAUAAACAGCAUAGUCAGAAUUCUAGCUGCGUUGAUUGGUUCAUAAAUGACUAGCAGAAAAGCUUUGCUUUUCUAUUAGAUUAGAUUAUAUCUGGUGCUCGUUUGGGAAUUGCCUCUUAAUUUAUUCAAUUCUAUAAGAAUGCUAUCUCUGAAAAACUUGUCCAUACUUCUUGGAUUUGGGGAAAUAAAGGGGAAAAUCAAAAUGAUUUGACUAUAUAGAAUUUGAAUUAUUAAAGUGAUUAAAAGCUACA